UUCUUCCCUCCCAAGUUCCAACUUCCAACCACUUUUUCUUUCAUCUUCCUCAAACGCAGCAUCUGCAAGUCUUAAUCAAAGAAAGGAUUUGAAGCAGAAGAAGACAAGCUUGGCUUUAAUCACAGCUGAAGCUCCGAAAAUGGUUUCUGCACUAAUUAAUGCUAAUCCUGUGGUGUAUGAGAGAAAAGAGCGUCGAGUCCGAAGUGCACCAUCUGAGGUUGACGAAUAUGUGCUUGAACCUAUUGACCAACAAGAAAUUUUUGAUCAUAUUAGAGAUAUAAAAGAUCCUGAGCAUCCAUAUUCUUUGGAAGAACUGAAAGUAAUUACUGAAGAUGCAAUUGAAGUGGAUGACCAGCAUAAUUGUGUCAGGGUCACAUUUACUCCAACGGUUGAACAUUGCAGUAUGGCUACAGUGAUUGGCCUUUGUUUACAGGUGAAACUUAUGCGGAGUCUACCUUCUCGUUACAAGGUGGAUAUCAGGGUAGCACCGGGAACACAUGCGACUGAAGCUGCAGUAAAUAAGCAGUUGAACGAUAAAGAACGGGUGGCAGCAGCCCUAGAAAACCCUAACCUCUUAAAUAUGGUUGAUGAAUGUUUGGCUCCUACUUAUGCUUGACCAAACAGCAUCCAAGAAUCCCUUUCCUGUUUCAAGAAGUGUAAGACAAAAGCAACAACAUUGUAUCAGCAAAUUCAUUUCUGCAGCCAGAAAAUCCAUCUCCAAGAGCCCACAAUAAGAACUCCUGUUCUUUAUUAGCUAAUUCUUUCUUCUGUUUUACUAUUAUAUUGCUUCCACUCUGACAAGUAAUUUGUUUUUUUUUUUUUUUUUUGGUGGAACAAAUU